AUGGGGUCGGCUUAUGCGAAUCCCUAUGUGGCUAGUCGGCCAAUUGCGUUAGGCCUUGCCAAGGUGCUUGUCAUAGCUCUUGCGCAGCUUCCUGCCCUCGCAGUUGCAGCUCCCACCCGCGUCUGGGCCAGGCACGAUGACGGUCCGACAGACGAUCCAGAACUAUGGCUAUACCUAAGUGUUGCAUUCGCGCUAGUCCUGUCAGGCGGCGCGUUUGCAGGAUUAACAAUCGCGCUAAUGGGCCAAGAUGAAAUAUAUCUUCAAGUCAUCCAGACUUCCGGCGAGGGCGCAGAGAAGAAGAACGCAGCGGCUGUUUUGAAAUUGUUGAAGCGAGGAAAACAUUGGGUGCUAGUGACACUGCUGCUAAGCAAUGUUAUCACAAACGAAACUCUCCCCAUUGUGCUCGAUCGCUCGCUAGGCGGUGGCUGGCCUGCCGUUGUCGGAAGUACCGUGUUAAUUGUCAUUUUCGGAGAAAUUGUCCCGCAAUCGAUAUGUGUUCGAUACGGUCUGCCCAUCGGGGCUUGGAUGGCUCCUUUCGUUCUGGUGUUAAUGUACAUCAUGUCACCGAUAGCAUGGCCAGUAGCAAAACUACUCGACAGACUCCUCGGCGAAGAUCACGGCACCAUUUACAAAAAAGCGGGCUUGAAGACAUUGGUCACUCUGCACAAGACGCUGGGCGCCGCAGGUGAACAGCUCAACUCGGAUGAGGUUACCAUCAUUAGUGCCUGCUUGGACUUGAAAGAAAAGACGGUCGGACGUAUCAUGACUCCGAUGGAUGAUGUCUUCACCAUGUCGACCGAUACAGUAUUGGACGAAGAAAUGAUGGAUCUUAUCCUAUCCCAGGGCUACUCACGUAUCCCGAUCCACGCACCCGACAACCCCCAGAAUUUCGUUGGCAUGCUUCUUGUGAAAAUGCUCAUCACCUAUGACCCCGAAGAUUGCAAAAUGGUUCGCGAUGUUGCUUUAGCAACCCUUCCCGAGACGCGUCCGGAAACCAGCUGUUUGGACAUUGUCAAUUUUUUCCAGGAAGGGAAAUCCCACAUGGUGCUCGUAUCUGACUUCCCAGGUGAAGAUCACGGAUCCCUUGGAGUUGUGACCCUGGAAGAUGUGAUCGAGGAACUUAUUGGCGAAGAAAUCAUUGAUGAAUCCGACGUCUUUAUUGACGUCCAUAAAGCAAUCAGGCGCAUGGCCCCUGCCCCGAGAGCGCGAGUUCAAAAAGGUCGAAUCGUAGAGGAACCCCCAUCGGUAUCAAACACUUCUACCGACGGAGAAGUCAACGGAAACGCUUCAGUAGGUCAAAUUUCCAUAAGUGAGGCUCGGAGAUCCAGUGGAAGCGUGAUGCAACCCCCAGAGCUUCGCUUUACUCUACGAAACAGUCCAAACGCAUCAAAUCAUACCAUCGUUAAGCGAGGUAGGGAUGAAGUUCGAGAACAUUUGAAGCACUUGGGACCUUCCAAUCUAGCAAGCAAACCUCGGCAGACUCGGUAUCAGAGUGUUAAAAUCAAAGCCCCGGGAGUGUCCCCUACUCGCUCAGGCAUUGCAUAUUCGGAAUCAGGAAGAUAUUCAGGCGAGCUGCAGCGAAGGUCUUCAGAGGUGGCCAGUGAUAAAAGCGGGGUAGAUCCCAGGGCUCAAUUUUCGCCAUUACUCAUUCCCAAAGAUGGCGUUCAAGCCUUGCGGCAAAGCUACGGUACCAUUGGUGAAACGGCUAGUUCUCCAGGCAAGAGUGCGAUAUUUGAUUCAACCACCGAGAGCACCAAUCUUCCUGGCCAAGAGACGAUAUAUGAAAACGGCGAGGACUCAAAGCGACCAUCUUUAUCCUCAAUUCCGAAUAGAAGUAAUCCAACUAGCUCUCACUCAUCCGAAGGACGAUCUCCAAGAAAUUCAAAAACUUCGUCUGUUUUGUCUGCUCCUGCUAGGAGUGGGAGCAUCACAGAGCAAAUCAUCGACGUCAAUGGAGUAAAGAAAGUCGUGCUGCAAACCACAAGCGGUAGCUCGUCUGAAACCGAGAAGGGUAUGAACAAUUCGUCUACUAGCCUUGACCAGCAGAAAAGCGCCGACACGUCCACACAACCCAUUGGAUCUAAGGCGGGGUCUAGUAACGCUUCUAAGAAGAAACGCCGGCGACGCAAGAAGAAGCACGACGAUCAAGAUCCGGAGAAUGCUCCCUUGUUACCUAAAUGA